GACAUGAGAGGCUGCGUGUAAAUAUCGUAUGUUAGCCAAUCGUAGCUCAGGAGGCGGGGUUUGUGGAAAUACGGGUAUGGGGACGUGUUUAAUUCAGAGCAGGAGAGACAGAGAGGCAGGAAAGCAGUACUGCUCAGAGAAAACAUGGCUGGUAAGAUUCAGGUUCUGACUUUGGACGAGAGAGAGCAGCUCCUCCCGAUGCUCCGCAACGCACAGUGGGCUGAAGUGGUGGGCAGGGAUGCCCUCUAUAAAGAGUUUGUUUUCAAAGACUUUAACCAGGCCUUUGGGUUCAUGUCUAGAGUAGCACUACAGGCUGAGAAAAUGGACCAUCAUCCCGAGUGGUUCAAUGUUUACAAUAAGGUUCACAUCACUCUCAGCACACACGAGUGUGGAGGACUGUCUAAGCGCGACAUUACUCUUGCUACUUUCAUUGAUCAAGUCUCAGUGUUGUGAAGAUGACUCUCUUUCUGUUUCUGUUUCAGAAACAGACCAGGCCCCUUAGGUCUCACAUUGCUGAAUUAAAUGCAUUUAUUGGGUGGUGUUUCCAGAUACAAACUAAUCCAAACCCAAAUUGAAAAUCUUUAAUAGCCUGUUACACAGUCAGUAAAAACACAGGAUACACUAUCUGUAAAUUAAUAAUCCUAUGGUGAUAAUAGAGCUAUCUGUACAGGAUGGUCUCGGGUCUUCUGGCUGUAACCCAGUAUCUUCUGUUCUGAAAAAUAUUGUGCCUUUAUUUUUUAUUCAGCGUGCAGAGGGUAUUGCUGUCCUUACAAAUUGGUAGAGUGUCUCAACAAUUGUGAAGCCUUCCACUGUUUCCAAAAUAAAGCAGAGCUUUUGACCCAGUGA